UAGCAGCGCCCGUAUUUUUUUGAUCCCCUUCAUUGCAUUCGAAGCGAGCGGACGUGUUUCUCGCUGUGCUCCAUCGUCGUCGCAUCGUCGUGGACUUUCGCAGGCUUUCACAACAGCGCCCCAAAGUCGGCUGACCAUUUACCGGGCAGAGUUUCUGCUACGCGUCCUGCUGCGAAAUUAAACCCAGUGCCCAGUAGUGCAUCCGGAGUUCGAAGUGUACCAAAUUAAAGUGUCUGUUGUCUGGCGUAAAGAUAUCGUCCGCCGCGAGGCAAAUAUAGGCCCACCCUUUUUUCCCGUGUUUUCGUGCCGUGUAUGCUCUGAAGCGCGCCUCAGAGGCGUGUGUGCGUGUGCGUGUUUGUGCGCGCGCGUUUGUGAGAGAGUGCGAUCGUGUUUCAGGCGUGUGCUGGCAAUCAACGCACGAAGGCAGCCCUUCGAGCUUCAAGUAAAAAAAAAAGCAAAAGAAAAGAAAGUAAAAAGCCCUCCUCCCGGGCACAGGUGCGUGAGUUCUAGCGGCCAACAUUCGGCCUUCUAUCCCCCCAAAUUUCCUUUAAAUCGAAGUCGAUUAGUCGAUCAGUUGAGCCCCCGUCCAUUCUCUUACGAAGGGCUCGCAAUUAUUACCAAACAUUCACACGAAAAACCACACGAAACACACGAUCUCCCUCUCUCUGUCUCUCUCUGUCUGUCUAUUAUUCUAUUUCUAUCUCCCUCUAACGUACACUCUCACAUCUCGCUUGACUGACACCAACAGCUCUUGAGCAACAAACAGAAGCACACUUCAAUAUAGUAAAAAAAAAAGAAACAAAAAACAAACAAAUCUACAUCCACCAUAAAAAAAAACAACAACCGGCUGUUGUACAGCUUUGAAAAGCGCGCCACACAAGCUCUCACUCCGCCCCGGAAGAGCGCGGAAAAUUCCGCGUGUGCACUCGAAGGAAAACAUUCACCCAGGAAGCGAGCCGCGCAGGCUGCACACGGCGCACACCACGAUCGCGUUCACACAGCAGCAACAUCCCCCCGGUGCCGGUGUGAUGAUCAUGGCGUCGUUCAACGGUGGCAGCGCCGCGGGUGGCGGCGGCGGCGGUGGCGGAGGCCAGGACGGGCCGCACAACAAGCGGCUCUGCACCGGCCAGGAGAUGAGCGAGGUGCCGCUCAAUAGUCGGAACAAUAACAACAACAUCAACGUCACAGACGAACCGCGCCGGAAGCGUGAUGUUGCGACGCGCCCCAACCAUAUCCUGCUGUUCACGAUCCUGAACCCGAUCUAUCCGAUCACAGUGGACGUACUGCACACGAUCUGCCACCCAAAUGGCCAAGUGCAACGCAUCGUGAUAUUCAAGAAGAAUGGCGUCCAAGCGAUGGUUGAGUUCGACAGCAUAGAGUCAGCGACCCGCGCAAAAGACAGCCUGAACGGUUGCGACAUCUACUCCGGCUGCUGCACACUGAAGAUCGACUACGCAAAGCCAGAAAAACUCAAUGUUUACAAAAACGACAGUGACUCCAGUUGGGACUACACGCUGGUAGCUGCUACCACGGUCAAGGAGGUCGGUAAUGGACGCUCGCCCCUGCUCCAGGAUCCAACGCUCUUCGGUGGACGACCGCAGCCGUACAGUAAGUACCUUUCACCAUCACAUACACCCUACAACGAGUAUUCUCAACCUACUCAAGGAACCCGCUCAAAACCCGCUCUGCUAGGCGCCGGUGGAGGUAACGGAUUUCCGCCCAACUUUUCGCCACCGGACUUCCAUCCGUCGGAGAACUGGAAACCGGCCGCCGCCGGUACGCACGUCGGCCUGAUGAAGGACCCUCCGCUGCCGCGAAACGGACCCACCACCUUCAUCCAGCCACCGCAGCAACAGGGCGCAGUGAUGAUGGUUUACGGACUCGACAAUGGAACCGCCAACACCGAUAAGCUCUUCAAUUUGUUCUGCCUCUAUGGCAAUGUAGUGCGGAUAAAGUUCCUGAAGACGAAGGAAGGCACCGCCAUGGUCCAGAUGGGUGACGCCAUCGCGGUCGAACGUUGCGUGCAGCACCUGAACAACAUUCCAAUCGGAAAUGAUGGCAAAAUACAGAUCGCAUUUUCCAAGCAAAACUUUUUGUCCGAGGUCACAAACCCGUAUACCCUGCCGGAUCACACGCCCAGCUUCAAGGAAUACACCGGCUCGAAGAACAAUCGCUUCCUGUCGCUAACACAAGCGAGCAAGAACCGCAUCCAGCCACCGAGCAAGAUUCUUCACUUCUUCAACACGCCGCCUGGUCUGACCGACGAGCAGCUGAUUGCCGCAUUCGGCAGCAGCGAUUGCCACCCAUCGCAAGUACGCAUGUUCCCGCUGAAAUCGGAACGCUCCUCUUCCGGGCUGGUUGAGUUCCCAAGCGUCGCGCUAGCCGUCCAGGCGAUCAUGAAGUGUAAUCACACCGCCAUCGACCACAAAGGCACAAAAUUCCCGUUCAUCAUGAAGCUCUGCUUCUCGUCAUCGAAAACGAUGAACGGCGCGUGGAACAACGAGAACAUCGAGAACAUGAAGCAGGUCUCCGCCGUCCCGGUGACAGCCGGCGUCGAGGACGAACCGAUGCAGGCGCGAUAAAUCGGUCUGCGUUGUCCGCGCUGCGAUUCCACAACCCCCGGUCCCGAGGCAGUGCGGCUGGUGGUGUUCGCUGCGCCAGCGGAGGACACUCCGACUCAUCCCC